UUUGUGCUGUUCCAUUCUAGCUGUCCUACGAAUGCGUGAAGAAAACGCGCCUUCACAGUCGCCAAUCAAUUCAAGAAAUCGUGAUGAAGUUGAACGCCUGCCUGUUCAUUAUUGCUGCUUCCUCCUUUUCAUUGAGCAAAGGACGUAGACUAAACACAUUCGUCCGCCACUUUGAGCCAUUAUCUUACAAGAGCCAAGUCGCCUUUACUGACCACGCACGGGUCAAGCGUUCCCUUUCCGAGACGAAGCAUGUCCUCUUCCGAUUCUACGCGCACAACAGACACUUCCGCCUUCGUCUGUUCCGUGACGCAUCAGUGUUUCAUGAAAACUUCGUAAUGGAAACGGAGGUUCAUGGUAGGGUUCCCGUGAAUACGAACCAUCUCUAUAAAGGACAUCUUGCAGGAGACCGGCAUAGCCACGUGUACGGCGCCUUCCACAACGGAAUUUUCGAAGGCAGAAUACAGACCAAUAAUACCGAUUUCUAUGUGGAAUCUGCGUGGAAGUUCUUUCAACGUCCGACAACGUUUCAUUCUGUGUUUUACACGUCGCAUGACGUUCAACCUCCUCAUGGAACCUGGUGCGGCGUCUGUGGGGAUACAGAAAAAUUGAUGAACGAAGUUUUGCGACAACAGAAACACGACUUGUUGGGUACUAAGCGACACCGGCACCACUGGCAAGGACGUCGCCUCCAGUCAGCGACGGCAUACCAGAACGACAGCACGAGUGAGAAGAGUAGACACAUGGAACAACCGAAUGGAACGGUCUCUGCUUUUGAAAGCGACAGCCACGACGAACAGCAAGCUGUGUCGUCUUCUAGACGAGUGUGCACUCUCGAAGUCGUCGUGGACCACACGCUGUUUCGACGAUUCUCGGAUCCCAGCACGAACCGGGCUCAAACGCGGCAACAAGUUACCAGUCAGAUAGCGCUACACGUGGAAAAACUGAAUCAAGUGUACAAAUCAACCAACUUCGACGGCAUCCGAGGAGUUCGCCUCCUUGUGAAGAGGAUUAAGAUCAACGACAGCAGCGACUGCACCGGAGAGAGAGGCCAAUCCAACCCUUUCUGCACGAAUACCAUAGACUCCCCAGACAUGUUGCAACUCCUCUCGCAUGUCAAUCACGACGAUGUCUGCCUUUCGUUUGCUAUGACCUUCAGAGAUUUCACAAGUGGCGUCCUCGGACUCGCUUGGGUCGCUGCACCCCAAUAUCCAUCCACCGGUAUUUGUGGAAGACGGCCUUCAGGAAAGUCUCCAGCUGAUGAAUUGAGUCUCAACACUGGCGUCGUUACGUUCCUCAAUUACAACGCUUUCGUUCCAAUGAUCAAUAGCGAACUCACCCUCAUCCACGAAGUAGGACACUCGUUUGGCUCGCCACACGACAAUGGUUCUAAGUGCGCGCCUGGAGAGCCGCACGGAAACUACAUUAUGUACCCGUAUGCCACGAGAGGCACGAAGCCCAACAACGAUAAGUUCUCACCAUGUAGCAUUGGCAACAUCUCGCGUGUUCUCGUCCAGGUUCUUACUGGUGGCAGUAUGAGGAUCAACUGUUUUGAAGAAAACGACGGACCCCUCUGUGGCAAUGGCAUCAAAGAAGCGGACGAGCACUGCGACUGUGGGCUGGACGAAACUGACUGCCAAGAUAAGUGUUGUUUCGCGAAGCACAACGCGGAAGAUGCUAAAGGUUGCACGCUUCGACCUGGAAUGGCAUGCAGUCCCAGCGCCGGAAGUUGUUGCUCUUCAGAUUGCACUCUGUUGGCCAAGGGUGCGAUGUGCAUGAAAGACAACGAGUGCACGCAUCCUGUCAGCUGCGAUGGUGUGAGCGCCGAAUGUCCGAGGGCAAUACCGAAGCCCAACACAACAUUAUGCAACAACGGAACUCAACUAUGUCUUCAGGGAGCGUGCCUAUUGUCCAUAUGCGAAAAGUACGGGGCCACCGAGUGCACCUUGCUCGAGGAAGAUUUUCCCAAUACAGACCUAUGUCUCAUAGCAUGCUCCGAUCCUAGGGGAGACAAGGAGUGUCACCCUAUGUGUCACUUCCCGAACAUGCGAGAACACUGUGGAAUCCGGAUGAUGCCUGGAUCUCCGUGCAACGAAAUGCGAGGCUAUUGCGACGUCUUCCAGAAGUGUCGUCUCGUCGACGCCGAGGGUCCGAUCUCUAGGCUAGAGAGUAUCUUGAAGAGUGAACCUGCGCGUUCGGUUACCAACCUCAUCUCGGACCACAUCAUUAUAAGCAUAAUUGUACUGGUUGGGAUCGUGGGAACGCUCUUGGUGUGUUUCCGUCUGUGUGAGGUCCACGCUCCCACAAGCAGUCCCACUCAAAGGCCUGUCUUGCCUCUCAAGGACACGCUGAAGCACCUAAACCCACACGAGGCUCUUGAAGGCGCUCCACCUGAUGCACAGCGAUCGCCACAGGCCAGUGGAGACAACCAAGUCAACCAGUAACUCUGUAGCCUUUUCCCUAAUGGCUUUGCAUUUGUAUCUGAAUACUUCAAUAAUACGCCAUACUGAACAAUA